AGUUAGAUUUCGAGAGAAAAGGAGGGUGUUCUGGUUUAAAUUAAAUGGAAUGGUCCGUUUUGCUUGGGUGGGGGUGAGGGGCGUCUGCAAUAGCUUUCAUUCAGGGUUUCCAAUGGAAACAUUUCCAAAAUGUCCCCACCAUGCUGUUCCACCCACUACCCCACCAAACCAGACACAACUUCAGCAGACUCUGACAACGGAAACAUGCAGCUUCAGGUCGGAGGGAUGAAGCAGGGUCCUGGAGAGAAGCAGGGUCCUGGAGAGAAGCAGGGUCCUGGAGAGAAGCAGGGUCCUGAAGGGAAGCAAGGUCCUGGAGAGAAGCAGGGUCCUGGAGAGAAGCAGGGUCCUGGAGAGAAGCAGGGUCCUGAUGGGAAGCAAGGUCCUGGAGAGAAGCAGGGUCCUGGAGAGAAGCAGGGUCCUGGAGAGAAGCAGGGUCCUGAAGGGAAGCAAGGUCCUGGAGAGAAGCAGGGUCCUGGAUAG